AUGGCGCCGCUCACCGCGACAGCCGACGCGCGGCAGCUGCUGCAUCAGCUCACGCAAUUCCAAGAUGCGAGCGACGCGCUGACCCGCCUCUUCGAAGGGUUCUCGGCGCAAGAUUCCAGCCGCUGCGCCGUGUUGCUGCAGCUUCUGCACUGGCAGAGCACGCCGGCUUCCUGCAGUCUCGAGGAGGUGCUGGACGACUUGAAAUCCAGCGAUGACGACGACACCCGCUUGGCGGUGCGCGGCGACAUGGAGCUCACGGUGCUGGGCAAACCCGCGCUGAUGUUUGCCACCUCCAUCUAUGACGAGGAGUUGGCGCUGCUGAUCUGGGAGGGCUUCAUCCAGUUCCACGCGCGCUACCCGGAGUUUGAUCUGACGCGCCAAGUGCUGGACAAUUCGGCCGACUCGCUGGGGUUUUCGGCUUUGCACUAUGCCACGGAGGCACGGAUGGACGAUUUCUUGAGAGCAGUGUGCAAGGAUCUGAGGGAAGAGAAGACGGCGCACCUUGUUGGUUGCGUGGUGACGCAAGACGUGACCUUGCCGGUGAACACUGCCCAGAACAUGGGCAAAAACAUUGCCAGCGGAGGCUGCUCGCUGCUUCAUCUUGCAGCGAAGAAGGGUGAGCUGGAGAUCGUGAAGUUGCUCCUUAAACCACCGAUGCUGUUGGACCCCAAGACGCUGCGUGAUUGGGACGGAAACUCACCUGCUCGUGUCGCCGCUAUCCACGGUCACAACGAGGUCGCGGCGUUUUUGGAGGAUAUCACUGGUGAGGUGCCGCUAAGUACUUCAGACGUGGAUGAGCUGCGAGCCACGCGCGAAGAGAUGGCCAGAGAGCGAUACUUAUCACAUUUGGAGCCCCAAGAAUCCAUGCUAGAGCCGUUGGUGUUUUCAAAUAUCUGGACGCUUGAAGAGACCACUCUUGUUCGAGACGAGGUGAAUCGCUUGGCUGCUGAACAGGGUUGGUGCAAGGAGCGACAUGCGUCCUACCAGACCACCGACAUGCCCUGCCACCACGUUGCCGGGCUUAACUCGUGGGUGCGAGCAACCUUGGCCGAUAGGCUGUUCCCGCAAAUCGCGAAACGCUACAAACUGCCGAAGUCCAAGCGACUGCUCUUCCGAGACCUCUUUUUCGUCAAGUACGAGGCGCGGAAGGGUGAACGCUCUGAACUCGCACUUCACCGUGAUGGAUCCGUGUUGUCAUUUAAUCUGCUGCUUAACUCGGCUGAUGACUUUACCGGAGGUGGCACCUACUUCGAUGCCACGAAGCAUACCGUGCAUAUUACGCAGGGGGAUGCUGCAGUACACAGCGGCAAGGUUCUUCAUGCUGGUGCACCCGUGGUCUCAGGCAUACGUCAAAUUCUUGUGGGUUUUCUUGACGUUGCUGACUGCGUGUACUAA